UGCUAUGGUGCCAGAGAUGUACGGCGCCCUGUAACCUAAACUAGGACGCGUUGAUGGGGAACAGCAGUUUAGCAGUUUUUUAAAAAAAAAAUAAUAUAUAUAGAAAAAAUAGGGAUAUUGCGACAAAACUGCAACAAAACUUUCUGCUUUGAAUAAUUAAUUUUGCCCGAUUUCUUCCCUCUUACGUGACAAAGCACUGAUGUACUUUGAGCAUGGGAAGCCUCUCCUCCGACCAGGGCUGUAAGCUGUAAAUUCAACGCUGAGAGGAUCUGUGAUUGGCUGGGACAUGGCAGACAUACUAGAGCUGCGGACAGAUGGAAACUCACUCCUGAAGGCAGUAUGGCUCAGACGCCUGAGGCUCACGCGGCUCCUGCUGGAAGGAGGUGCAUACAUAAACGAGAGCAACGAACGUGGAGAGACUCCGCUCAUGGUGGCAUGCAUGUCCACACACAUCGACCAGCAGAGUGUAAGCAAGUCAAAGCUGGUGAAAUACUUGCUGGACAACCAGGCGGACCCUAACAUACAGGACAAAACAGGCAGGACGGCUCUGAUGCACGCCUGCAUCCACAAGGCCGGACACGAGGUGGUGGAUCACCUGCUGAGCAACGGGGCUGAUCCCAGUCUGGAGGACAGGAGUGGGGCCUCGGCCCUGGUCUAUGCCAUCAAUGCAGAUGAUAAGGAGACACUGAAACUGCUCCUGGAUGCCUGCAAAGCUAAAGGCAAGGAGGUCAUCAUAAUCACCACAGACAAGUCGCCAUCUGGUACUAAAACUACCAAACAGUACCUAAAUGUCCCCCCAUCACCAGAGCUGGAUGAGAGGUCCACCCCAGCAUACUGCACCUCUCCCUCUGAUAUUGAUGUUACUGCAUCUCCUACUCCUGAGCAAGAGCAACAAAACACUGUCUUCAGUUUCCAGACGAAGCUGAAAACCUCAAGUUCAGCUGUGAAGCUUGCCAAUGGGCCCACAUCUCCGACACGGCGACCAGCAAACCCCAAACGUGCGCGCUUGCCUCAACUGAAGAGGCUGCAAUCGGAGCCAUGGGGGCUGAUUGCUCCCUCUGUCCUGGCGGCGGCCACCUCCCAUGAGGAGAGCAAGAAAGCCAGCUCUGAUGAAGACGUUGUCGCUGGGGUUAAUGGACUCUCUCUGAGUAAGAGAUCAGCUUUAUCUCGACAGAACAGCGUGGAUGGGAAGGACAGCUUGUUCCCACUGGUAGGUGAGCAGCCGUGCAAAAUGACAACAUCGCUAUCAGUUCCUCUGACGUCUAAAGCGUCAUAUGAGAGAUCUCUAGGCCAGCACCAGCCGCUGGCACGGCGCAGCACUGUGCCCACUGAGCAGGAGAGCAGCAGCUGUGGCAGUGGACUAGUCAGUCUGAGAGACACAGUGCACAGGAGACGUCUGGGGAACGAUCACUAUGACUCAGACUCACAGCUCUAUUCAGACUCUGCCAUGUUAGACUCUCCUAAGGUCCCCCUGGAGCGAAGAAAACUAAACACGUCUCCCCUUGCAAUGCUGACCAGCUCCAGAGAAUCUCUAGACAGCAACGCCAGCACAUCCUCUCCCAGCACGGCACGCAGGCGUGCACCCGGCCUCCUGGAGAGGAGAGGCUCGGGCACGCUGCUGUUGGACCACAUUUCCCACACCAGGCCCGGCCACCUGCCCCCUCUCAACAUCAAUCCCAACCCUCCCAUUCCUGAUAUCGGGGCGAGUAGCAAGCCCUCCUCACCUCUGGCCACAGGUAUUAGAUCUAUAGCUCCAGUAGCACCAAACACACCAAAGAGAGGCGGCCUCAAGUCCAAGAAGAAACUUGUGAGAAGGCACUCUAUGCAAGUGGAGCAGAUGAAACAGCUGUCUGAUUUUGAAGAGCUCGCUCAUUAGUUAGUGACAGUGUUUAUGCAGCACAUUUUGUGGGAGUAGAAGUGUUAACGCCAUAAAUUAUCAGGAAGUACGUCUAUAGAUUCAGUUCACUCACAGCCAUCUAAAUGUUGAAUAAUGUAUAAUUUAUAAAAAUAUAUAUAUACAUAUAUAGAAACUGAGCAAUAUAGAUAGAUUUCCUCCCUGUGUCACACCCAACCUUAAAGAUUAUUAUCUUUUAACUUCACAACAUCUGCUGUAUGUGUGUUACAGUUCUGAAUGUAAACGCCAAGACAUGGUACUUUUCCUCUGAACUAGCUCUUACAUGAUAAUGUAAUGUGUAGGGAACACACAGGGUCCAUUUGUAGCCAGCAGGCCGCUUGGUUGCACUUUGUGCAUAUGUAAUUAGCACCAUUAAUGGACUUUCUUUGAAAAGAAAAAAAAAUGUGAUGCACUUGUCUGAGAUGUAGCUUUGAGUAAGAUGAAAUUUUGACUGUUUGUAGCAAAUUUGUACAAAGUGCCUUCAAGAUAAAGAAACCUAAAAAAACAGAGGAGGGGACAGAUACAUUUAAUGUAUUAAGAUCAUUUUUAAUUCAUGAUGAUGUAACCAAAAUGUGUUUUAUUUCAAUAUUGUUGGUCUCACAUGGUACAAAAUGAGGACUCAGAAUACAUGUGAUGUGAAAGAAUGAACAAUAUGCCUUAAGGAACAGGUAAACCAAUGGGCUAUGUAUAACAGCACUUUAUUGCCCAGGAGGAAAAAAAAAAACUCAAGAAGUUUUUAUAAACAGUGUUAAAAAAAAAACUUUCAAAGCACAUUAAAUUAUUAUAUAAUGAAUUCAAGAAACACUGAAUGACAUUCGAGCCCUUAGUCAACUGAGACAUUGGUGAAACUUGUGGAUUAAAAUGUCAUUUCACGCUAAUGGCAAUCAAAACUAAAGAUCAUACCGCUUCCAUGUAACUUACCUGUGAAGCAUUGCUUCUGUUUAAGAGAAAAAAACACAUAAUUUAAUGGAUAGUAUUUUUGCAGGUAGUUUGUUGUAUAUUCUGAAUAAAUGUCUAUCACUUGUGAA